AUGCAUGUAAGCACUGUGGGAAAACUUUCUUCAGCUCCAGUUCUCGAAACUCUCAUGAAAGAAUUCACACUGAAGAGGAACUCUUCAUUUGUAAAACAUGUGGGAAAGUGUUUCUUCUCUCUUUAUCUUAUCUCCCAUGAAAGAACUCACACUGGAGAGAAGCCUUAUGCAUGUAAGCAUUGUGGAAAAACCUUCACCAGUUGCAGCUGGCAUAACACUCAUGUAAGAAUACACAAAAUAAAGCAACACUAUGCAUGUAAGCACUGUGGGAAAACUUUCACCAUUCCCAGUCUGCGUAACAUUCAUGAAAAAAUUUACAAUGUAAAGAAGAAGCUUUAUUAUGCCUGUAAGCAUUGUGGAAAGGCUUUCAACAGUCCCAAGCGCUGUAAAAUUCAUGAAAGAACUCACACUGGAGAGAGGGUUUAUGCAUGUAAGCAUUGUGGGAAAGCCUUCAGCAAUUCUUAUUAUCGUAACAUUCAUGAAAGGAUUCACACUGGAGAGAAGCCUUACUCGUGUAAGCAUUGUGGAAAAGCCUUUACCUGUUCCACUUAUCGUAACAGGCAUGAAAGCAUUCACACUGGAGAGAAGCCUUUUGCACGUAAGCAUUGUGGGAAAACCUUCUCCAAUUCUUAUUAUGAUAACAUUCAUGAAAGAAUUCACUCUGGAAAGAAGUUGUAUGCAUGUCAGCAUUGUGGAAAAGCCUUCAAUAGUGCUUUUUGUCAUAACAGACAUGAAAGAAUUCACUCUGAAAGGAAGCUUUCUGUAUGUAAGCAUUGUGGAAAAGCCUUCUCCAGUUCUACAUACUGUAACAUUCAUGAAAGGAGUCACACUGGUGAGAAACCUUAUGCAUGUAAGCUUUGUGGCAAAACCUUUGCCAUUUUGAGUUCCUGUCACACCCCUGAAAGAAUUCACACUGGAGAGAAGCCUUACACAUGUAAACAUUGUGGAAAAGCCUUCACCCGAUCCAGUUAUUGUAACAUUCAUGAAAGGAGUCACACUGGUGAGAAACCUUAUGCAUGUAAGCAUUGUGGGAAAACUUUCACCACUUCCAGCUGGCGUGACAAUCAUAAAAAGAUUCACACUGGAGAGAAACAUGUGGGAAACUGUUCCUUUGCUCUCACUUUACUAAGCAUAAGAGAUCUCACAUUGGAAAGGAACCUUACCAAUCUCAGCCUUGUGAAAGAGCCUUCACUACCCCAAGUUCAUGUGGCAUUCAGGAAACAACUCACACUGGAAAUAAGCCUCAUGCAUGUAAGCACUGUGGAAAAGCCCACCCCGGUUCCAGUUGCUGUAAUAUUCAUGAAGAGAUGGCGAGAUGCCAUACAUCUGUAA